GUGCGGCUCGGCUCAGCUCGGGAAACGUCGGACGUGGAUGGGGGGGGGACGGAUUUUUUUUGUUGUUGUUUUGUUUUUUCCACACAUUUAUAUCGAUUUUAUUUUCGGCUCUCCUGCGAACACGGGCAGAUUUACCACUCAUGUGAUGCGUUAAGGACGGAGUGACCGAGCGGGUAUUAAUAGCGGCAGUGUUUUACUGGGUGCAGACAGUAAACAUGGAAAUCUUCCGACAUUCCGAGUGUUUACUGCAGUUUCCGCGUCGGGAAAUACAAGAACACAUAUCCCGACUUCUUUAGAUCCCGGCUUUUAAAAAGAGAUUGUAGCUGCAGGUUAAUGAUCGCCGGCUUUUUUUCUUUCAAUCUGACCCCGUUUUUUAACGCGUUUGUUUUUUUUAUAUAUAUAUAGCCUAUUUUUAGAUAUUUUAUACUCCGUGCAUAUUUAUAUUAAGGGUGUGUUUUUAUUUAUUUCUCCAUUUUUACUGAAGAUGUCCGGAAAGCACUAGUUAACCUUUUUUUAAUCAGUGAAUCAAAACGAAAGAGCUGCAAACAUGAAAUCUUCUCUGGCUCCUGGCAUCAGAUUUCUCACAUCUUUCUCCAGAGACAGCUGGUACAGAGGCUUCAUCCUCCUCCUCACGUUCCUGUUCUACACAGCGUACCAUCUCUCACGCAAACCUAUUAGUAUUGUCAAGAGUCAGCUUCAUAGAAACUGCUCCUAUAUCGUUCGACCUGCUGACCUCAAUGUCACGGACAAUUCCACCUGGUGUGACUGGGCUCCUUUUGACCAAGACAAUUACCAAAACCUGUUUGGAUGGCUGGACAACUGCUUUCUCGUGGCCUACGCCAUCGGCAUGUUCUUCAGUGGCAUUUUCGGCGAGCGGUUGCCCCUGCGUUACUACCUCACCACUGGGAUGCUACUCAGCGGCCUUUUCACAGCUCUCUUUGGCCUGGGCUACUACUGGAACAUUCAUUCGAUGUGGUACUACUGUUUAGUGCAGGUUGUAAAUGGGCUGGUACAGACGACAGGCUGGCCAGCAGUGGUGGCUUGUGUUGGCAACUGGUUUGGAAAGGGGAAGCGAGGGUUCAUCAUGGGUGUGUGGAACUCGCACACCUCUGUGGGGAACAUCCUGGGCUCGUUCAUCGCCGGGGCGUUUGUCUCAACAGCCUGGGGCAUGUCCUUCAUCGUGCCUGGCAUUAUCAUUGCCAUUAUGGGGGUCUUCUGCUUCUUCUUCCUGGUUGAGCAUCCAGAAGACGUGAACUGCAGCCCACCGCAGCACCAUGAGAGUUCAGAGCGAGAACCUUUGCUAAGGAACUCAUUGAAUAGCGAGGAGAUCUUCAACAAUCACACGACUGCAGUGGUGGAAGCUGGUGAUGAGGAAGCAGAGGCCAUCAGUUUCUUUGCCGCUCUCAGGAUACCGGGCGUGGUGGAGUUCUCCCUCUGUUUACUUUUCGCUAAGCUGGUUAGCUACACAUUCCUCUACUGGUUACCGCUGUACAUUUCUAAUGUCGCCCAUUUUGAUCCUAAAGCAGCAGGGGACAUGUCUACACUCUUUGACUUUGGGGGAAUUCUGGGUGGCAUCCUAGCUGGGCUUGUUUCAGACUACACCGGCGGGAGGGCGUCCACCUGCUGUGUCAUGCUAAUUGUUGCUGCUCCUAUGUUGUUCGUGUACCACCUUGUCGGACAGAACGGCGUGCCAACCACGAUCGGUAUGCUGCUGGUUUGUGGUGCUCUUGUGAACGGACCCUACGCCCUCAUCACCACGGCCGUGUCAGCUGACCUGGGAACCCACGAGUGUCUGAGAGGAAACGCCAGGGCUCUGUCCACCGUAACAGCUAUUAUUGACGGUACAGGAUCAAUAGGUGCUGCUAUUGGGCCUCUUCUGGCCGGAUUGAUCUCUCCCACCGGAUGGAAUAAUGUUUUCUACAUGCUCAUCACUGCUGAUAUACUGGCUUGUCUGCUGCUGUCCAGGCUGGUGUUUAAGGAGAUCCGAGGAUGGUGUGGCCAUUGUACAAGACAGAGAGGGUUCAAAGAGAUCUGAGCUGCCUGCCGGACAAGUGAAUAUCACACCUGCAGUGGGAAAACGGCGGCAGCGACAAAGCAACAAAACCAAGACCCGAUUUCCUGAUCCAUUGGACAAAGCUGUUUUUUUUUAAUAUAUGGUUUUGAAUACGGGACACUUUUAUCUUUUACACGCAGAGAAAAGAAACAAUAAGCGCAAUGGUGUGAUGAAAUGAAAUGAAAUGAUGGGGCGAAACAAGCCCCUUUUUGAUGUACGGGGGAAAAGAAAAAAGAAGAACAAGAAAGAAAACAAGCGAGAGAAUCAGAGCUCCUCGAUUUGAACCCAGGCUGAUUUUAACUGAACUGUGCCUGAUUUUUUUUUGUUGUUGUUGUAAUCAUUAAAAUGUGAUAGCGGUGCAUAUUUCCUUUUA